AUGUUCAGUUUUGCGACGGCGCUUGUUCCCCUGAUAUUCCCGGUUGGUUGGGGCAUCGGAUAUGCCGUGACGACUGGGAUGAACAAAGUGUGCGAUCAUUUCUUGCCAGGGAAGGAUUCCAAUGAAGGAUACAAUCAGGUUGAAGAGGAUGAUCCGUUUUGGAAAGGAUUUCCAUCCACUUCCAAAGAACAAACCGACCCGGCUGGGGAGGUUUGUUCUGAGAUGAUGGUACAGCGUGAGGGUGAGACUGCAGUCGCAGAAAAAUCUAACGUGGCUGGGGAAGAUUUGUCUGCAGCUGAUCUCGCAGCCGUAGCUGUGGCUGAAGUGACAGCCAAAGCUUUGGUUUCGCUGGUCCCAUCCUUGCAGGAGAGUCCUCUGAAGGCCACUUUCACAGGAUCCUUUGACAGUGUUGAACAUUUGUCUGAAAAACCAUCUCUGAAUGUAAAGAUUUCCGUUGAUGUCGAGGUUUCCUGUUCUCCUGGAGUUAACUCAGAAGAUAGCAUUGGCUCGGAUCUGCUAGAUGUAGGGAGGACAUCUGCAGGACCAGGACAAGCGGAGGAGAACUUCUUCAAGUUCUCAGAUGAGCUCCAGAACAGCUGGGUGAACGCUGCGUUCCAGAGCAUCCUAAACCUGAGCGUCACCAAGCGGUGUCUCGCUAAGGAAAGGGUUUUUCUGGAGGCAUUGUCCAUCCCCUGCUGUGGGAGUCUCAUCCUCUCCGCUGUCCGUCAGCCCGGCCAGCAUUUUAGUCAACAAGACCUUUCCCCAGUUCUGAUGGAGCUGAGGGAGAAGAAGCUCCCGUCGGACGUGGGAAAGGACUAUGACAUCAAAAGUUUGCUGGAGUCUGUGCUGGUCUGGCUGGAUUCAUUUGGCGGCGACACAGAUAGAGAGUUGUACGACAACGACUCGUGCUCUAACUGUGGAGCCACUUCCCUCAGGCUCCUGAACGACGGCGCCAUGAUUGCCCUUCCACCAGUGUUAUUUUCAACCAGUAUAUCUAUACUGCUUGAAUACUGGUUGGAUUUGGCGUGCAAACGCCGUUGUUCAGGCUGCGGGUCACCCUGGCAGAAAACUCAUUGCCUGACCGAUAACAAGGUCCUGGUAUUUUUUCUGCACAGGUUGACCAGGAAGCACCAAACCAAAGCCACUCAGACCAUCGAUGUGCCUGCAGAAUGUGGGACGGAGACGUACCACCUGUCCUCCGUCAUCUGUGUGGAUCCAAAGCUGACAGACGUCUACUGUUAUUUAAUGAAGGGAGAACGAACCGUGAAGGCAGACAAUGAGCAUGUCUUCACUGCAGACAGCGACUGCAGUGAAGACAUGUCCAACAAAGGUUUCAUUUACAUUUACGAGAAGAAUUGAUCAGACACCAGCGGACAAAAGGUAAAAAGAUUUGAAAGGUUUCCUGUUUGCAGGUUUCUCUCCGGGCACUCCGGCUUCCAGCCACAGUCUGAAAUCUCCACUGAAAUGAUCCAGUAGGCAGAGGUGGACCCUGGAGGCGGGUCCAGCGGAUGGCGCCGGUGCAGGGGGCAAAGAGCACUGGGGUUAGCACUGGGAAGCAGAGCCUCAGACAAAACACAGGGAGGCGGAGGAG